AUGGUCAUCUAUUGGAUAUUGAAUGUUAUUCACACUUUCUUGAAUUUAAUUCUCGGACUGGCGGUUUUCUUUGCAAGUUUUUGGCUAUUCAACAACAAUAUGGAAGAGUACGAUCGAAUCGAAGGAGUUGAUUUGGAACGUCGGAGAAGAGAGAGAAUGGAGGAGAUAAGAAUAAUCCUGUUCUUCUACGGUUGCUUCAAACCAACGUCAUCUACAACUAGAACAUCAAGGAUAUCCGAAUCAUCUGAAGCCACGUCAUCAGACGAAAGUAUAGAAAGUCAAAUGCCACCGCCGUAUUCAUCAUUAAAGUAA